AUGCUAAAUGCACUACGUCUAGCGCACUCCUUGCGGUUGGCUUCGUUGAUCUUGGCACCAUGUGUGUCGCAGUUUUCCAUAAGGACAGACGAAUCGGGUGGCUUCUCGUCGGGAAUAUCUUUUCCGGAUUGGCUUUAUCAACUGGAGAUUGAGGUCCCAGACCCUGGAGCAAAUCCCUUCAGCAAUCCUUUGCAAUUAAAUGGUGGCAAUUGCAGCCAGACGAGGAUCAGCGAUGUGAAGGCAACUGAUUUGACAAGCGCUAUUUCCACAGCUUUGCGGCUACAGGUCAAAGCCAGUCUGCACUGCAUCAUUUUAGCUAGCGGCGGCAGUCUUGCGACCAGCUUCUAUCUGGAGAACGCCACUGCCGACCUAACGUUCGCGGUGCAGCCUGUCCAACCACCUGGUUCAACACUGGCCGUGCCUCUGGGCCGGGUAAGGGUAACCCAAUGCAAGGCUGCAGUGGACAUGAGUCGGCUGCGAUUCAGUGGCUCAUUCAUGUUCGAGACUGCGUUGACUCAGCUUGAGCCUGCCUUGCAGCAGUUUGUGAACCAGGAGCUACCGAGUGUGGCGUGUGCGCAGAUACCACCACUACUGGAAGCGCAGGCCACGGCAGCUUUGGCUUCUGUACUGACGCAGAUGGAACCACUGCUAACAGGUCAUGAGAAGUUACCGCCGCCACCAACUCCUGUUGGCAAUGUUGUUGACUGGGCCACUUAUCCACCUGCUCGCCUCCUACGCUCGCUGAUCAAGAGCAAACCAGGUGUCGUGGCGGAUCUAGUCAGGCGAGUGCCGGCGCAGAAGGUGCCUCUGCACCAGCUGCACAUCAAUCGGAGCCUUACAGUCAAUGCUUUGGGAACAACGUUUCGGAGCUACCUGCAGGAGCUGACAGUGGCCGGCAUGGACAGCUUCGUCGAGGGCAGCUUGGACGUGCGUGGAGUUGGUCAGACUUUGACAUGGACAGCUGCAUUCAGCGACCUACGGAUCAGUGCAAAAAUCCAGGCACAGUUGGAAUCGGUAUCUCGGGACUCAUUGAAACAAGCCGAACCCCUCCUGGAGCAUUUCGAGAUUUCAGUUGGUUUGGGAAAUGUCAGCGCAGAGUCGGACAUCCUCGCAAUGGUCUCGCGAGAGGCCUUGGGAGCCUUAGAGGUGGAUCAAUUCCAGAAGUUGGAAUGCCUGGUGGCGUGUGCACGUGGUGCAGCCGUUGGGCCCGAGGCACCUGUGGCCUUGCGCAGGCUGAGAAUCGACAACAUGACGAUACCAGUGGCUCGCAUGGUCGGUUCUCAUUCACUUGGAGAUGACCUCGCGGCGGCGAUGACUGAAAUGCUAGGGGCAACUCUGCAUGGAUACGCAGCGGCGAUUCCGCACAUCCUCCAGUCCUCGACGAUCAUCCUGCAUGAUGCUUUGAACGACAUGGUGCAGCAAACGCUGGAGAAUGUCCCGCCGUGCCAGAACACGGAGGUCUACUUCGGACCCGAAGGCGUGGUGAACAUCUCUCUUCUGCUCACUUCUUUGGUCUUGGCGGUGAUUGGUGUGGUGGCUUGGGUACAUGCCGAAAGAGGCGACCAAGGUCAGUUCUUCAACAAGUCGUCGUUGGCAGCUUGCCCAGCCAUCCCCCGCGGUCUGUCCACGGGAUAUCCAUUUUUUCUGGUAGCCACCAUGUUCCUUUUCCUCUUUUCGGACUUGGGACUCGGAACUGUUAUAAACGUGAUCUUCCAAGCCGGGUCGGAGCGCAUGAAGAUUGGCCCAGCUUUUUCCUUUUCCGUCUUGACACUUUCCCGGGACAGCCUACGAGGAGGUGCCUCUUGCUUCGCGAGAAUCAGAAGGAUCGGCGAGACGCAAAGCAGCAGCACCCAACGGCCACGGCACAUCCAAACGAGAGACGACAGGAGACAUCGGGCUAAGAAGGGCAGUCAUGGACAAGGGUCUCAAAGACAACGAAUCCAAGACAGGUUAAGAUAA